AUGGUAGAUGCAGAGGCCAGAAGAUGCAAGGAAGGAUUGAAAGGAUGUCUUACCAAAGGCAUGGGCAUGAUGGGACCGAGGGGUAUGUUUGGACGGCUUGAUACCCUAGACUCGAGACCCAGGUCGACGUCCGAGAUGCCUGGUGGAAGGGGGUACGCAGGUAUGCCAAUAGGAGUGCCAACGAGUGGUAUCGGAAGCGGCCAGCAGCCAUCUGGCCUGCCUCCAGAGUACACGUCCAAUCCUGAUUUGGUUGGGUACGACGAAGACGGGGUGAUGCCCGGUACAGGCUUAGUCAGUCCUUAUCCAACUUACCUCCCUGGCCCACUACCUAGUAGUAGUCCGCCAUCGAGUAACGGUACUCUUCCGCCGCAGCCGGUCCCACGAGGGCGGCCGAACCACUACGAGCAUGUGCCAAUGGGCGCCUAUACAGAUACGAACAAGGCAAGAAAACCGCCGAGCUCACAUGUCGAUCCGCAAACCUCGAUACGUUUGAACCGUGGACAGUCUUUAGGCAAGAAGGCCGGGCCGUCAGGCCAAGAGUGGUUGGACGGCGAUGCCUUUCUCGACGCCUGUAUCUGUACCAUAGAUUGCAAGUGUCGAAAAAGCCAGCGAGUCCUGUACCGUGCACGCGAGGACCGUCAACAGAACGGCAGUAACUUUAACAUUCAAGACCACGAGUACACAAGUGGGGAGAUACGAUACAUACUAAAAGACGACCUGGGGCGGGACUGUGAUGACCACGGCACUAGAUGCAGGAAGAGCGAAAGCGGUAGCGAGAGGCUAGACAGGAGGAGGGGGAAGAACAAGAACAAGAACAAGAAUGGGGGCAGGGAGGAGAGGAAGAGACUGCAGCAACAGUUUCAAGGUUUCAAGGACGACUUACUGGAAGCGCUAGACGAGCGUUUCGAUAAUAUGAGGAAAGAAGGUCGUCAGAGACAUCGAGGGCACAGCCCCGCACGGCCGCCUUCGCUCGGGGCAUCCGGAUCUGGACAAGGCCUAUACUACUACAUGGCAAACGGACCCCAUGUUGACGCACGCACGGCUAGACAAAUGGGCAUGCCGAACUAUAAUCUGCACGGCGUGGCUCCAUCAGGAAUCGGACCAAUGCCACAUGGUAUUGCUAGUGGCUUGGCCGCUGCAGGUAUGCGCAGACAUGGGGAUGACAUUUCCGACAUGACCGACAUGACCAACAUGGGAUUUGAUAGUACUGCCAUCGGUAUGAUGAAUAAUGGAUACAUAGAGCCCCACAUGACUAUGCUCAAGGAGAAGAUGAGCAGGAGGAGGAAAGCCAUGCGGCCUAACUCCACAUCACACCAUGGGGCUAAAGCGGGAGAGCGACAAGACAUGGGUGCUGUGGAAGGCAAUCGAAGGACGGCCGUUGAUUCGCAAGCUCCGGGUGGCCGCGGAGGGAUGCUGCUGGGACGUCACGGUGAUAGUAGUAGUAGUAGUAGCAGCAGCAGUAGCAGUAGCAGUAGCAGUAGCAGUAACCGUGACGGUCAGCAAAGAGGGGCGCACGGAGACGAUGAAUGUGGUGAUUUUGACGUAGUAGGGCAGGAUGAAUCUUGGAUGUGGUCAAACUCACGACAGCGGGGCGGGCUCAAAUGGAGUGUAAAAGGACGUGGCGGUGGUAGAUUGGGUAGUCAGGACAAGGACAUGGCCAACAAACUCAACUUGGGUGGUAGCAUAGUAUACGGAAGGACCGACAGCAGUCGAAAAGGAGCAAGACAAGCUCGAGCCGAUACGGAUGACGACGGCGAGGACGACGACGACGACGACGAUGAUGAUGAUGAUGAUGAUGAUGGAUAUUGA